AUGAGCAAAACAUAACAAACAUUUCGCCGGGAUUCAACGCAUGUAUGCAAUAUAAAAGGCUUAUAUUUAGUGAAAUUUUCAGUGACAACUUAUUCGAAAGGUUGGAACUGUUGUUUGUGGAUAUUUUCUACCAUGCCUCACCAAAAGCAUGCGAAGAACAAUCGCAGCAAUGCGACCAGGGCGGACACAAACAACAACGUGCAGGCAAAUCUUGAUAACCACGCUCCGCGGCAAGGCCAGAAUGUCCAGCGUAUGCAGAAAUGUAGUUUUCCUGGAAUUUGCCCAGUUAAGGAGGAAAUGAUAGAUACCGAGAAUGUAAUGGAUGCAGUUCGCGUUGUUUGUAACAAUGAAGCUUGUACUGAAGGGAACUGGAUGCAUAAAAGUUGUUUCGAAUCGUUCGAGGAAAGCGUGCUGGCCUAUCUGCGCUCGUGCGGCCGUGCACGUAGUUGGAGUGAGAAACAACGAUUGCAAAACUUGUGGACAAAGAAAGGAUAUGACCUUGCAUUCAAAGCAUGCGAUUGCAACUGUAGUAAAGGGCAUCUGAGAAAGGAUUUGGAUUAUAUACCUCCGCUUGUCGUGGAUAAUGCAGCUGGUAAAAAGAAACAUAAGAAAAAGUCUCCUACCAGCAAACCAGAGCUGAAUACGGGCACUGUUGUUCCGCGUGAGAGAAGACCAUCUGGUAAUAAUAACACAAAUGCGAACACUAAUAUUGCUAACUUGAAGAUUAAUGGUGCUGUCACAAACGGCAGAUUUGACAACGCAGAUGCUAUAAAUGGAAAUGCUAUUCAUAUACGAAAGGCUAGCCCUAGUAUAACUAUCAUAAACAACCGCAAUGAUGAACGUCUACGUGCUAACAGUAUAAGCAGUACUGGAAGUAGUCCACCAAAUUCUGCCUCAUCUGUAACCUCAGGUUCUGAUUCACCAGUGCCUCCGUCUCCGCAGAAUUCCGUAGUUAUACGACCAGUGAACAAGUCAAAGUUCAACUUUUCAGAGCCGGUGUCCAGUCCUGAUAACAGUCCACUAAAUGGGACAUUGAUGGGUAUGUUUGCAAAACGCUGUGAUUUGUCAGCCUUCAGCAUUCUUCCAAAGCACAAGCAGAAUCCGUAUCAUAUAAAGAUGGAGGAUGAUGCGUUGAAUGGAAACGAUGAUGUUCAUUCAUUCGUUCUUAACCACUUGAGUUCAUACAAAAUCACAUCACUCCGCUGUCUAUUGUGCAAGAAUGAGUUGUGUGUUUUCGAUCGUUACCCAUUAGUAGAUGGAACUUUAUUCUUGUCACCUCAGGCUUAUGACAAUCAAGCACUUCAAGUCAUUUCAGAUGGUCGCCUUCAGUAUAUCAACGCUGUCUGCGUUUCUUGUCUAGAGGGAGGCAAUGAUGUGCGUUGUGUGGCUUGCAAACGUAAAUGGGAUGGCAGCUCCCUCCUGUUGGGGUCGAUGUAUUCAUACGAUAUUUUUGCUGCAAUGCCCUGCUGUCAGAAACGUCUUUCCUGCAAGCAUUGCCGACGUGCUGUCGUGGAUGUAGCAAGUGGUCUACCAUACUUCAGUGAGUACAGCCAUAUGAUACCAUGUCCGUAUUGCAAGGCGUAUGACUACCAUUUCAUUCGACCUCUUUGCGAAACCUUUGCCAUGAAGAUGUCUAUAUGGAAUUAAAGCAUAGCAUAUAUAUCCACUAAGUUACUUUAUAGGGCAACUACAUAUGCAGUGAUAUUUUCUGUGCAGCUUUUUACAUAACCUUACUGCUUUUAAACUAUAUUUGACCAUAUCUGACCAUAUGUUUGAUAAGUGAAGAAUAAAUGUGAUAAUGAGAAGUGUCUCAAGGAAAUCACUACGUAAGGGAACAUUUCAUUCAAGGAUGUACAGAAGUUUGUUUUGUUGAAUCAUUUUUGCAUUAACUGUCAUAUGCCAUUGGUUGAAAAUAGUUUGGUCUCCCUUUUUCUUUCAAUAGAUGUUCAUACUUUUUUUAAAAUUUGACUAUGCUUUAUAUGCUUUUGUAAGUUAUGUAUUAUUGCAGAUUUCUGCAAAUUUGGUGCAUUGAAUUAAUAUAGUAUUUUAUAACUGUAAUCCUGUAAAUUCAUUCUACUCCAUGUUGUGUUAUAUGUCAAAGUUUCCUUGUAUUCUAAACACUUAAGAGUAGGUCUCACAGUCUGAUAACAGAAUAUAAUGUUAGUAGUUCAUGAUGAAAAGUUAAUUAUAGAUAAGUUAUUUAGCAGUGUUUAAGAUGGACUCUUCAAGUAAUUGAAACUUCUUGUUGUUUACUUCCUUAUAAAUAAAAUAAAUUCCAUUGAAUGUAGGUAUCUAAACAAUACAGCAGUAUAUCAGUCAAUGAAAUACCUAGUUUGUUUACUGUCAGUUUGUUUUGUUUUUAAAACAGAAUUAAUAGUUUUUUCAUUUUGUGAAGCUCAAAGAGUCGCAGUGAAGCAGUCCAAAAAUCUUGAAAGGUUUUUAUAAGUAUAUAGACAAAUAUAAAACAAAACUUAUGUCCUGAUGACAACACUUUUCUUAAACAGUGGAAUUUUGGGGUAUAGGGGGUUCACAUGCCCUUAGCUGUAAACUUUGUUAAAAAAUUAAGAGAUUUAUUCCCUUUAUUUGCUGGUAUCUUUGUAUUGUCAUAAGCUAUGUAAUAAGGUUUUUUUUUAUCUGUUUAGAGUUUUAAAACAUCUGUCCAAAAAAAUAUACGUUUAUAUACAUACUUUAUAUUAAAAGGUAUAAGCUUUUCGAGAAUUUAGCAAGUAAAAUUUCAUUUAAAGUGUUGUAUGGCAACUUAAAUUAUUGUAAACCUAGACUAGCUCCUAUACUGUGAUUUAUUAUCCUUUUAACUUCGUGAAUGCAGCCAGUCUAUAUUCAGUAUCAUGAGAAAAUCUCUAAAAUAGACUGGCAUUUGUCACUAUUAGUAUUACAUAGAAUAAAAGUUCAAUUUUUGAGACAAGUUCUUAUUACCAGUCUAGUGGCUAGUCUACUAUAAUCCUAAAGGUAGAAUAAAUUUGCACUUUCAGAACAGGUAGUCAGUCUGAGUUGUUAAAGUUGUGCCUUUAAUAGGCCUAGUAUAAGCUGUUGUUAAUUUUUUUUUUUCUGCAGGAAAUCCUGCUAUCUGAUUUCAUAUUUUAAAGAUAUCCAUCCUGUGAUGCAGUAAUUAUACUUGCUUUUCGAAAUUUACUGAUUUGAAUGGGAUAAAACCAGUGCACUAUUUUGAGGCCCUGCAUGACAAUUUAGUGUAUAUUUCUGUUUUUAUUGCAUUGUAUUACAUUGUUUUGAUAGGCCACAGUAAACACUGUCAGAUCACUUCAGACGUAUACUUACCUUCUAUUGAUCGUGACACAAAUUCAAUAUUUAUGAUGAGAACCAUUUAAUUCCACGCAAUGGUUGUCACUUGUGUCAUUAACAGCUGGAAACUGUUUUUUUAUGCCCCCGAAGGGAGGCAUAUAGUUUUUGAACCGUCUGUCGGUCUGUCAGUCUGUCAGUCUGUCCGCAAUUUUCGUGUCCGGUCCAUAUCUUUGUCAUCGAUGGAUGGAUUUUCAAAUAACUUGGCAUGAAUGUGUACCACAGUAAGACGACGUGUCGCGCGCAAGACCCAGGUCCGUAGCUCAAAGGUCAAGGUCACACUUAGACAUUAAAGGACAGUGCAUUGAUGGGCGUGUCCGGUCCAUAUCUUUGUUAUCGAUGGAUGGAUUUUCAAAUAACUUUGCAUGAAUGUGUACCACAGUAAGACGACGUGUCGCGCGCAAGACCCAGGUCCGUAGCUCAAAGGUCAAGGUCACACUUAGACAUUAAAGGAUAGUGCAUUGAUGGGCGUGUCCGGUCCAUAUCUUUGUCAUCGAUGGAUGGAUUUUCAAAUAACUUGGCAUGAAUGUGUACCACAGUAAGACGACGUGUCGCGCGCAAGACCCAGGUCCGUAGCUCAAAGGUCAAGGUCACACUUAGACAUUAAAGGAUAGUGCAUUGAUGGGCGUGUCCGGUCCAUAUCUUUGUCAACCAUGGAUGGAUUUUCAAAUAACUUGGCAUGAAUGUGUACCACAGUAAGACGACGUGUCGCGCGCAAGACCCAGGUCCGUAGCUCAAAGGUCAAGGUCACACUUAGACGUUAAAGGUCAUUUUUCAUGAUAGUGCAUUGAUGGGCGUGUCCGGUCCAUAUCUUUGUCAUUCAUGCAUGGAUUUUAAAAUAACUACGCAUGAAUGUGUGGCACAGUCAGACGACGUGUCGCGCGCAAGACCCAGCUCCAUAGGUCAAAGGUCCUAAACUCUUAACAUCGGCCAUAACUACUCAUUCAAAGUGCCAUCAGGGGCAUAUGUCAUCCUAUGGAGACAGCUCUUGUUUUAAUCAGCAUGCUUUCCUAGGUGCGUUAUUACUGAAACAUGAUGGAUAGAAAAUUAAAUGGAAAAGUUGUUUGAAUUUGGAAUAAGAAAAAAACCAAGAUGAAAGAAAUAACACAUUGACUUUCGAAUAUGUUCUUUGACACAAUCAACUAAUUGGACUAUCCAGUCAGUAGUAGCUAGAGUGUCUGAAAACCAGUACAUAGUUUACAUAUUAGUUCCCUGAGUGUAUUCACAAAUUGUCUCGAUACCAUUAUAAACAUUGUCCCCACCACUGUAUUAUGAGAGGAAAUUGCUACUUGAUCAAGAAAUCCAAGAUACCCUCUCUGCUUAUGCACAGCAUUAUUACUAGAAAAAACAGGUGUUAACAAAAUUGUUCAAGAGUGGGUCCAUAUUUAAAAGCUUCUUAGUUAAAUCUUGACAUUUUUUUUACAAAUUUUACAUAUGAUUAAGAAUUUCUUUAUAAAAAUAUGUGGAUGAUCACUACAUGUAUAUUCCAUUUUACUGUACAGUGAAAAUGUAACCUAAAUCAUGAAAACGGAUGUAAAAUGAAUUUUAAAAGAAAAAAAGAGAAAAUCUUAAUAGUGUGAUGCCUGUGAAUAUAGGUCCUUGUCAAUGAAGUGAUAACAAGUGUUUUUGUAUCCUCAAACCGGACAAAAUAUCUAGUUCAAGGACAGUAGAAUCAAUAUCGGGAGUGUUAUUUCGCUAGCUAAGUUUUAACACAGAUAAGUAUUGGUGUGAAUUUAUGUCGCAAUAUAGGUACAUUUAUGAUAUUACCCUUACAAGACAAGGAUAAAAUGUUCCUGCAGCUGUCAUGAUAGGUGACGUUCAGUGACAUUGCACGACAAACCAACUGUUUUUUUUUCUAGUCCUUGCCGAGAUAUUUGACAUUAAUUUUAUGGAUUUAGAAUAAUAAAUUAUGUAGUUUUUUUUCUCUGCUUUUGAAAGGUAUUUAUUACCAGUUUAAGUUAAACCUAUUUUUCCUGUUUCUGAAUUCUGGCUGGAUGUCUAAAUAUAUUGAUGAAUUUAGGUAUCAAAUUCUCAUAAAUAUUUAUAUUUACAACUAAAUUUGUCUGCUGCAAUGUUGUUUUUUUUAUAUUAGCUUGUUGAAAAGCUUCCCAAAAUGCUGAGGAGACAAAAAUAUAGCUGUAACUUGGCAUGUUUACAGCUAAAUGUUAUCAUCUGGCCUUGAACUUGACAACUGUUUACCAGUUACAUUUUUGUACAGGUGUCAAACUUGUACAAGGCCAUUGCAAAAAAAAAAGUUCUUGUUUGAAGAUCAAGUUUUGCUUUUAGGCCAAAAGCAAAUUAUUUAUUAGGUUGGGAUAGGAGAGUUUAUUUCUGGAUAUGGAAUACAGUUAUCUUUUUAUACAUGUACUGUUCGCAGUAUGCGAUUGAGCAAUGCCGUGUCACAGUUUUUUGAAAAACGCUUUUCAAAACCAGCUUUUGAUCAUUUCUUUUGACAUUUAGAAUAUGUAAUUGAAUAGCUGACAUACAAAACGUUUUAUUUAGACAUUGAAAAUAUUUGUGCAGUUAAAUAUGCACUUUUACUCAUUCAGGUUAUUUAGAUGGCUUAGUGAUUAAUUUGAUAUUUUUUAUAGUUGUUAUCUCUCUAAACAAAACCGGGACAGUCAAAAGUUAUCACUCUGCCACUAAUGGACUUAGUCAGACACUAUUUCCAUGCUGGCCUUGCAUUUAAGUACAAAAUAAUACCAUGUUUUGAACUUGAGCUAUUUCUUUGUGUUCGUACACCAAAAUAUGAUAUGCCGUCUUUUGUCGGCAUUGCUAUUUUAAGUUUUCGUUUGGGUUAAAUUUAGACUGGACUUGAAAUCAGUUAAUAUAAACAUUUGAACAUGUGACUUGUUGAAUUCAUAGCUUAAUUUAGGCUUACUUUAUUUGGCAAAUGUUAGUUUAAUAGGAGUGUGAGACAAAAUACAUGUUUAUUUCAUGUGCACUUUCAUUUAGUAUUUCUAGUUUCACAUGACAUAAUGACAUUUUGUAUUAAUUACUGUUUCAGUCAGAAUUCCAUAUGUAAUUAAAAAAAAAAUUGUCAAGAUAGUUAUUGGAAAAAAAAGUAAAAAGUAUUAACUGAAAGUCUAGAUAGAAAAUAUCCUAACAUAUUAUUGAAUGCCGGAACCCUAUUGGAAACCCAGUGAGUAAUGUUUUGGUGAGUCAUUGCAAAGAUUAUGCAGUCUGGUCUGGAACUCUGAGGGCACUCUGUUUGUCUGUUAUAAAAUCAUCCUGUCAGUUCUAUUAAUCCUUACCCUGCUAAAUUUCUAUAAUGAACUUGCCCAUCUUCCAGUUUGGACAGUACCAUUAAAGGUUAAAAGGGAAGCUUAUCAAAAAGACACUGACUGAAUAGCAAACGGUGUAGAUCAUGAUGUGCAGUCUGAUAUUGAUCUACACUGGUCGCAAAGGCAGAAUCAAUCGUUCAGAUUGGCUUCAAGCUUUAUUAGAAGCGCGCUAAAAUAAAUUAGUACAAACUAGUAAAAGUCUGUCAGGUAGCACUGCAUUGUGUGGAUAGGUGCAGUGAAUAACUUACCAGCCAGUCGGUCAACCUGGACAUGGCGAGUUUAAACCCUGCUGUGGAGCUAGUACAUGCCUUCUUGUUUGGCACAAGAAUUGGUUAUUUCACAAAGUGGACUUGAGUGAUUCAUAAAAUCUUCAAGCUUUCUCCACAUUCAAGUUAAAAUAAAUAAAAAAAGUACAAUUAAGCAAGUAAAUAAGAGUUAUUGACUAUAUACUCUGCUUGUAUUGUUAAACGUUAGAUAUAUAAGUAAAAACUAGGGCAGAUGACACAUUUUGCAUGUAUAUUUCAAGCUGACAGUUUAUUCUGUCAAGAGUGAGAAAUCUAUAUUUUAUGUAUGCAAGUGCUUUGGGUAAAUUUACAUUAACCUCUUGCAUUUUGUUGUUUUUGUUUUUUUUUUUCAUUUGAAUAUAAUUAUGUAAUUAUUAUGUGUCAGUUAGUUUUUGUCGGAGGUAUUUUAAGGGAAAUUAGUAUUGGUGCAUUUUUUUCUUGUUCAUUUUUUUGCAAAAUUGAAUUUUUACAGAAUAGUGCUGUCAUUGUUUAUUUCUAAUUAUGUAAAAUAUAUUUGUUGCAUCUGUUAUUAACAUUAAUGACAUUGCGGUUGUCCACUUUUCAAAUACAGUUCUUUAUCUGAUGCUCUUGGCCACUUGAUCAGACAUUUGCUUUAAAAUAAAAAUAUAAAUGGAAAAUCUGCUUACUCGCCUGUAUUUCAUUUGAAUGAUUAACACAGCCACAAAAACCAAGGAUAAUUAGUCCACAAUGAAUAUUAAAGCGACUCUUUCGCACAUUUACUGGGAAAAAAGUAUCUCAUAAGUACUUAAAAAUGUGAUCAACAAUACAAACUUUUUUAUACAUGAUAUUUGCAAGGUAUCCUAAUAAAUAACCAAAUAUAUUGUGAACAGGUGAUUUGAGUGAACCCAAUAUUUAACUCUUUAUUUUCACUCACAGUAUCAUUUUUCAGUGCUGUGUAUGUAUUCUAUGCCAGACUUGGUGGAAAUGAAAAUGUUGAAAAACUCUAACCAAAAGUAUGGGCUAGAACCUUUAAAAAAUUACAGUAGUAUAUCAUAUAUGUAAUAAAUUGUGAUAACUUGCUUUUAUUUUUAUUUCCUCAAUGUAUUUUUUCUGACAGUUAAUAAGGAAAUGCUACUUGAUUUAUAUAGAGCUCUGUGCUUAAAUGAUAUACUUGUAAAUUAUAUUCUAUAUAUCAUAAAUACAGACUGAUAAGAAACAAGUUGAGAAAUGAGAAGUUAAUUCCUGCAAGAUCAGUUUUUAAAUACUUAGGAUUUUAUCAGAUUUUUAGGUCUUUGUUAACUUAUUUCUAAUGGUCCUGUAUUUGGAAUUUAGAAUAUCAUGAUAAACAAUAUAUUUACAAUGUGAAAUCAUGAAAUAAACAUGACUUGUCGCACAGACGGUGAUAUUUGAUAUCGUGUGACUAUUUUUGUCCUUGAAAUCACUUGGUUGGAAUGCAGAACAAGGCAAAACUGAUCGUUCUUUGUUUAUUUUCAUUCAUUUUUAUUGCGCAAAAGAAAAGCUAGUUCAUUGACACAAUAUGAGUUCAUUGACACAGUAUGAAUUAUAGAUUUACCUCCAACAGUCUGAAAACUUUUUCUGAAAUAAUCCAUUUGGUAUUUAGUCUUAGCAGAAGCUAACUAUCUGUUAUGUCAGUGGGGAAAAACUCUGUGAAUGAUGUUUCAUUUUAUUUGAACUUUCACUGUUCUUGUUCCAAGCAAUGUCAUGGUAAUACAGCUUCCAUAAUUAUUGAUUCAAAAAACUGAUGAAUGAAUCCAAUUAAAGAAUAUCAAUUAACUCAUUUCAAUUAUGCUAUGACAGUUCUGAAGUUGUAAUUAUUUUGUUUAUAGUCUAUAUUUGUACUUUAAUUUAGAGAUAAGGGAAUUAAAAGGUUUACCCAAAUGACUUAAAAAGUUGGUCUCUUGUCCAAUAAGGCAUUAAUUUUCUGUUAAAAUGUAAAUUGUUUGAAAUAAAAUAUUCCAUUGUUAAUAUGUACAAAAAUAUUGGUGCAUAUAUGUUAUAUUAAUUUGACAGCAAAGUAUAUUUUUGUGUGUGCAUAAUACAUGUAAUCAUUUAAUUACAUUUUCUUCUGUAAUUACGAAAGUAUUUUUUAAAUGUAUUCUUUUGAUGUUUUUAUCAUGCAAAAAGUAUCUGUUUAAACUGGAAAAUAUUAUUGUGUAGUUAGAGUGUGAAGUUGUUCUAACAAACACACAAAAUUAAUGUUUAUGUGGGCCCCAAAACUUUGGAAUGCAGAGUGCUUAAAGUUUACCUUUGUCUGUCCGUCUGUCCAGGUGUAUGCCCAGAUUUGUGUUGUGCAUACCUCAAAAAGUAUUUGACCUUUUAUCAUGUUACUUUGAAGGAUUGUUAAAAGCAUGUAAAAUUGUGCAUCUGGGUUUUUUUCUGGGAUUUCACUCAGUAAGAUCAGAGUUACAGCCCUUGACAUAGUCAAAUAUAUGCACAUUGGGGCUAAAAGUUGUCAAGUAUUUGACCUGGAGUCAUGAAUGAAUAUAAGGUUGUUUUUCAACAAUGUGUAGUUGUGCACCUUAGAUCUUGUUUAUGGUUUUACUCAGCCAGACCAGAGUUAUGACCCUUGACUUAAUAAAACUACAGUUAAAGGGCUUGAAAGUUUUUGACGCAUGUAUCGAGAGAGGAUUUGACUUAGGGUUCACCUGGAGUUUUGUUUUAGAUUUUUUGUACUCAACUUCAAAAGACCAGAGUUAUGGCCCUUGACUUAGUCAAACGUAAUGUACUAAGGACUUAAAAGUUUGUGCCACAUGUAUCACAAAAAGUAUUUGACUAGGAGCUUCACAGCCCCAACACAAGGUAAUAAGAAAAUUUAUUAUUGCGUUGUUAAGAAGUAACAUGGUAACAUAUAACGGCGCAGCCACAGGGAGUGCGGGCACCAGUCUCCUCUGUACACCUCUCCUACAGACACUCUGUAGUUCUGUAUAUAUAUGCAUAUAAUGUUUUUUUCUUGAUCAUAAAGUUAACGACUUUAGAUGUUUUUGAUGACUUAUUAGAGUCUUGUCGCCCUUAUUGUUGGCAGUAAACUAUUCCAUAACAUGGAGGUGUCCAUGAUGGAAAAAUAUAGGGUUGACAGAUUAAAACUUGUUGUUUUUCUUUUUCAAAUUGUUUUUGAUAAUGUUAUUAUUAAUGAUAUUAAUUUCAUGCUGGGAAGUUUAUGUAAACUGCAGUUACAUGGUGGAUAUAAUUAUGCUAUAAGUGAUGUCAUGUCUGGAAAGAUAACACUCGUCAUUAUGCAUAUGUUCUUGUCUUAUGGUCAGUCUGUUUAUAAUUUGUAAAAGUUCGCAUAAAGAAGUGCUGUUCGACUUUUUUGUCUUUAUUAAAGUUCUAAAAAUUA